CCGACCCAUCGUCCCCACCAGCAACUCUUAUCUUGUAUCUAGACAUGUGGAGGCCCGCGACCCGCCAGAUCACAGGGACUAAUGAUGUCCCGCUGGGGAACCGCCGUCGUUUUGGACCUGCCCCGGCAGAGGAAACUGCUCCCCCUCAAUUAGCCCAACCGUCUCCGUCUGCUUACCCGCGGCCCGCUCAAAACGAAGACCGGAGGGUCAAAGAAGAGACUCCGUCUUAUAUACCCGCCGAAGCUGAUCAUGGCGCCCGCAAAAAACGCAGUCGAUGGGGUGAGGCAAAGACCGAUAUACCGGGUCUACCUACUGCCAUCUCGGCGGCUGGCGUCUCCCAGGCGCAGCUCGAUAAUUACGCUAUUCAUCUUCGAUUGGAAGAAAUUAAUCGUAAAUUGAGGCUUAAUGACUUCGUACCCCCGGAACGCGAGCGAUCCCCCUCUCCCCCGCCUACCUACGAUGCUCAUGGUCGCCGCACCAACACGCGCGAGGUCCGCUAUCGUAAAAAAUUAGAAGACGAGCGUAUCCGCCUCGUCGACCGUGCUAUGAAGAAUGACCCCAAUUUCCGCCCGCCGGUCGAGUAUCAUCAGCAGAAGCGUUCCCAGCGCCCCUCCGAAAAAGUUUACAUUCCCGUCAAGGAGUUUCCGGAAAUAAAUUUCUUCGGGCUUCUCGUCGGUCCCCGCGGAAAUAGUUUGAAGAAGAUGGAAAGGGAAAGCGGGGCCAAGAUCAGCAUCAGGGGAAAGGGUAGUGUCAAGGAAGGCAAGACUCGCCCAGAUCAAUUUGCCGAGGACGCAGAGGAAGACUUGCAUUGCCUUGUCCUUGCUGAUACAGACGAGAAAGUUACUGCUUGUGUCAAGAUGAUCAACAGGGUUAUCGAGACUGCUGCAUCUACUCCCGAGGGACAGAACGACCACAAGCGAAACCAGCUGCGCGAACUCGCGGCUCUUAAUGGUACUCUCCGUGAUGACGAAAACCAGAUUUGCCAGAACUGUGGUGGCGUUGGCCACCGCAAGUACGACUGUCCGGAGCAGCGUAACUUCACAGCUAACAUCAUCUGUCGAGUUUGUGGCAGCGCCGGCCAUAUGGCCCGUGACUGCAAUGUCAACAAGGAUGCUAACGCCCCCGCCUUUGGAGGCCCGCCUACGAACAUGAACAAGAGCGGCUUCGAUUCAGAAUACGCCAGUCUGAUGGCUGAAUUAGGCGAGAGUGGGAAGGGGUCUAGCGGCGAUGCUGGAAGAGGCCCCUGGGGCGGAGGUGCAGGUGGGCAUGACAUCACAGGCGGCGGAUCGAACAUUCCUCCUUGGCGUAGGCCCGAAGUUUGGGUCUCAAACAUUAACCAGAAUCAGAACCAAAACGCACUCCAGGGCGGUUAUCGAGCACCUCAACAAGGCUAUGGCGGCUACGGUGGGGCUCCUGGUGGCUACGAUCCGAACGCGCAACAGGCAUGGGCUGGUUACUCGCAGCAAGCGCCAUAUCAACAACCCCAGGACUACAACUACGCUCAAUAUUAUCAGAAUCAAUACGCUCAGCAAACCAGCACCCCAGCGCACUAAAUCACCGUUUACUCUCUCCCCUGUCUAACGCUCGUUCUCCAUGCGUUUCUCACAGCUCAGAACACGAACCACCAUCAAACCUCAUCGGUCUCAGGAGCAUCGAAGGCUUUUGCGUUUGCAGCACUAUGUAUUUCACAUCAGGCCGGUCGGCAGCGUUCCUGGUUCUCUCUUUCGCAGACUGUUACUCAUUUUCAGGUUGACCCCGCUCUACGGAAGCCCCUCUGUAAAUCCAUCUCAUCUUUGACCACUCCAUCCACGUAACGUCACGGUUGCCUUCCUGUGAACUCUCGCGUUGUAGCUCACCCUUAGUUGACUUGGUUGUGUGUUUGUUAUGUCGACGGCACGUUUAAAAAAACUAAUUAAGUGAGCGCAGCUUGUAAA